UUAGGUUUAAAAAGUCUUUAUGUAGGUUCUUAGACGCUUUAAUAUUUAUUUAAUUCAAUUCAAUUCAAUUCAAUAUAUUUAUUUAUUCAGUAAUAAUCCAUUUUGUAGAAGUUGUUGCUAAAUUUUUUCAAAAAUGCAACACAAUUUAAAAUUACCUGUAUAUAAAAAGUACAUCGUAUAUAAUUUUUCAACAGUAAUAUCUGUCUACACGUAUUUAUUGAAUUCGUCAUUAAUGAUCUAAAGGAUGGCAGGGACAGAUUCAAAGAAGCAAGUUCAUGAAGAUCGAGCAUCGUUUGGAUUGAUAGAUAUCAUACGUGUUCUUGGAGGUUUACUUCUUUUAAAUGCCUUUUUUUCAUGGUGGUUCACAUCUUCUUCACUCUGGGGUUAUGAAGGUAAAUGGCUGAAUUUGACUUAUAUCAAUUUCCAAUUAUCACCAUUCAGUCAGUAUGUUAACUUGACCCUUGAUGAAUUGGCUAUUUAUGAUGGAACUAAUCCUAAUGUUCCGAUAUAUGUGGCAGUUAAUGGGAGUGUUUUUGAUGUUUCUAGUUCUCCAAAGAUUUAUGGUCCAAAAGGUACUUAUCAUAAAUUAAGUGGGAAAGAUAGUGCAAGAGUCUUCGUUACAGGAUGUUUUCAAAAGGAUGAUGAGUUCACUUAUGAUUUACGUGGUUUAGAUGAAACUGAAAUAGAAAAUGAUAUAUCUCAAUGGAAGCAUUUCUUUGAAGAUAGUGAUAAAUAUUGGUAUGUCGGUACUGUUCAACAUGAGCCAUUAACUGGUGAACCACCAGAACCUUGUGAACAUGUAAAAUUCCCAGGAUAUCAUAAUAGAGGUAAUAACCACAAACAUAAGCAUACAUGAUAAGAUUUAAGAAUAUAUUUU